CCUCUGUUUCUCCGGACCCCUCCUCGGCCGCCGCGCUCCGACGCCCUCCAGUUCCUGAAGCGUCCCCGCCGCCCCGGCCAUGGCGCCGCCGCCCCUGCCCUGAUCCCGUCCCCGCGCCGCGCCAGGGCCACCACCAUGCUCCGACCAUGAUGAUGGCCCGCAAGCAAGAUGGCCGCACGCCCACCUACAACGUCAGCGUGGUGGGGCUGUCCGGCACCGAGAAGGAGAAAGGUCAAUGCGGCGUCGGCAAAUCUUGCCUUUGCAACCGAUUCGUUCGACCCAGCGCCGACGACUUCCACUUGGACCACACCUCCGUGCUCAGCACCAGUGACUUUGGAGGAAGGGUGGUCAACAAUGACCACUUCCUCUACUGGGGCGAGGUGGCCCGAGCCUUGGAGGAGUGCGUGGAGUGCAGGAUCCACGUGGUGGAACAGACGGAGUUCAUCGACGACCAGACCUUCCAACCUCACCGGAGCACGGCUUUGCAACCUUACAUCAAAAGAGCGGCGGCCACCAAGCUGGCGUCGGCCGAGAAGCUCAUGUACUUCUGCACCGACCAGUUGGGCUUGGAGCAGGACUUCGAGCAGAAGCAGAUGCCCGACGGCAAAUUGCCGGUGGACGGCUUCUUGCUGUGCGUGGACGUCAGCCGCGGCAUGAACCGCAACUUCGACGAGCAGCUGAAAUUCGUCUCCAACCUCUACAACCAACUGGCCAAGACCAAGAAACCCGUGGUGGUGGUGCUGACCAAGUGCGACGAGGGCGUCGAGCGUUACAUCCGCGACGCCCACGCCUUCGCUUUGGGCAAGAAGAACCUGCAGGUGGUGGAGACCUCGGCGCGCUCCAACGUCAACGUCGAGCUGGCCUUCAGCACCUUGGUGCAGCUGGUGGACAAGAGUAGGGGCAAGGCCAAGAUCAUCCCCUACUUCGAGGCCCUCAAGCAGCAGAGCCAGCAGAUCGCCGCCGCCAAGGACAAGUACGAGUGGCUCGUCAGCCGCAUCGUCAAGAGCCACCACGAGCUCUGGCCCAACGUCAGCCAGAUGCAGCCGGCACCCGAGUACCAGGACUACGUCUACUUGGAGGGCACCCAAGCCAAGAAGCUCUUCCUGCAGCACGUCCAGCGCCUCAAGCAGGAGCACAUCGAGCGGCGCCGCAAGGUCUACCUGGCCCUGCUGCCCCAGGCCUUGGACGCCCUGGUGCCGGACCUGGACGAGAUCGACCACUUGAGUCGCGCCAAGGCCGAGAAGCUCCUGGAGGCCAAGCCCGACUUCCUCAAGUGGUUCGUGGUGUUGGAGGAGACUCCGUGGGACGCCACCAGCCACGUGGACAACGUGGACAACGAGCGCAUCCCCUUCGACCUGCUGGAGACGCCGGCGGCCGAGCAGCUCUACGAGGCCCACCUGGAGAAGCUCCGCAACGAGCGGAAGCGCGCCGAGAUGAGGAGGGCGUUCCGCGAGAACCUGGAGACCUCUCCCUUCGUCACGCCCGGCAAACCCUGGGAGGAGGCCAGGAGCUUCAUCAUGAACGAGGACUUCUACCUGUGGCUGGAGGAGUCCGUCUACAUGGACAUCUACGGCAAGCACCAGAAGCAGCUGAUCGACAAGGCCAAGGAGGACUUCCAGGAGCUGCUCCUGGAGUACUCGGAGCUCUUCUACGAGCUGGAGUUGGACGCCAAGCCCAGCAAGGAGAAGAUGGGCGUGAUCCAGGAGGUGCUGGGCGAAGAGCAGAGGUUCAAAGCCCUGCAGAAGCUGCAGGCCGAGCGCGACGCCCUCGUCCUCAAGCACAUCCACUUCGUCUACCACCCCACCAAGGAGACGUGUCCCAGCUGCGCCGCCUGCGUGGACGCCCGCGUGGAGCAGCUGCUGGGCUCCCGCUUCACCCGGCAGCACCGCAACAACCCCUCGGCGGCCAACGUCGACCGCAUCAACUUGGUCAUCCUGGGCAAGGACGGCCUGGCCCGCGAGCUGGCCAACGAGAUCCGCGCGCUCUGCACCAACGACGACAAAUACGUCAUCGAGGGCAAGAUGUACGAGCUGGCCUUGAGGCCCAUCGAGGGCAACGUCCGCCUGCCGGUCAACGCCUUCCAGACGCCCACCUUCCAACCUCACGGCUGCCUUUGCCUCUACAACUCCAAGGAAUCUUUGUCCUACGUGGUGGAGAGCAUCGAGAAGAGCCGCGAGUCCACCGUGGGUCGCCGCGACGGCCACUUGGCCCAGCUGCCCUUGACGCUCAUCCUGGUCAACAAACGCGGCGGCGGCGGCGACGCCGGCGGCGAGACCUUGCAGAGCUUGAUCCAGCAAGGCCAGCAGAUCGCCAGCAAGCUCCAGUGCGUCUUCCUCGACCCGGCGUCCGCCGGCAUCGGCUACGGCCGCAACAUCAACGAGAAGCAGAUCGGCCAAGUCCUCAAGGGUCUGUUGGACGCCAAACGCAACCUCAACCUGGUGGUGGGCUCCACGCCGGGUCUGAAGGACGCGUCCGACGGCGCCGACCUGCGCCUGGUGAUGUGCUUGAUGUGCGGCGACCCGGUGAGCGCCGACGAGGUUCUCCUGCCCAUCCUUCAAGCGCAAGCGUGCCGGCCGGCGCCGGGCGGCGGCGCCGCCGUGCUGCUGGAGGCGGCGGUGGGGUCUCAGCGGAGGAAGGUGGAGCUGUCCUUGCUGUCCUACCACGCCUCGUUCGGCUUGAGGAAGAGCCGCCUGGUCCACGGCUACAUCGUCUUCUACGCCGCCAAACGCAGGGCGUCCUUGGCCACCUUGCGCGCCUUCCUGGCCGACGUCCAGGACAUCGUCCCCGUCCAGUUGGUGGCUUUGGCCGACGGCUCCGCCGACCUCCUGGACAACGACGUCAGCCGCGAGCAGUUGGCCGAGGGCGAGGAGAUCGCGCAGGAGAUCGAGGCCAGGUUCGCCGCUUUGCCGUGCGGCCAAGCCCAAACCAAGCUGGACGUCUUCCAACCUUUCUUCAAGGACGCUUUGGACAAGAAGAACAUCGUGGAGGCCGCCCACAUGUACGACAACGCCGCCGAGGCCUGCAGCACCGGCGAGGACGUCUUCAACUCGCCGCGCGCCGGAUCUCCGCUCUGCAACUCCAACCUGCCCGACUCCGAGGAGGACCCGGAACCCCUGCCCGGCUACAGCCCCUUCCGCGAGGAACCUCCCGUGCCCGCCUUGCCCAAGGACCACUCCAAGUUGUCCAUGGAGCUGGAAGGCAACGACGCUCUGAGCUUCAUCUCGGUGGUGGGGACGUUCGAGGGAAAAGCCAACAAGGUCCCGCCGCCGGUCAAGCCCAAACCGCCGGUUCACUUCGACAUCAAGGGCGACCUGGGCUACCUGGAGCAAAGCCACCGCGAGGCCCAACGGCGCUCGGUGUCCUCGUCCGCGUGGCUGCCGCCCGAUUGCUUCGACCCCUCGGACUACGCCGAGCCCAUGGACGCGGUGGUGAAACCGCGCAACGAGGAGGAGAACAUCUACUCGGUGCCUCACGACAGCACCCAGGGCAAGAUCAUCACGGUGAGGAACAUCAACAAGGCCACGUCCAACGGCAGCGGCAACGGCUCGGACAGCGAGAUGGACACCAGCUCCUUGGAGCGCGGCCGGAAGGCGCCGGGAGUCGCCAAACCCUCGCUGUACCGGGCGCGGUGCGCGCGGCUCGGACGUUUCGCCGGGUACCGGCCGGGCCUGAGCGUCGGCAGCGACGAUGAGUUGGGACCCGGGAGGAAGAAGGACGAGGAAGCGGGAGGUCAAGGGGGCUACAAAGGGGACAACGCGGUGAUGGCGUACGAGGCCGGAGACGGCGAGGAUCCGCGCAGGAGGAACAUCCUGAGGAGCCUCAGGAGGACCACCAAGGUGGAGCUUGGGGUGGAGGUGGAGCUUGGGGUGGAGGUGGAGCUUGGGGUGGAGGUGGGGUUUGGGGUGGAGGUGGAGCUUGGGGUGGAGGUGGGGCUUGGGGUGGAGGUGGAGCUGGGGGUGGAGGUGGAGCUUGGGGUGGAGCUUGGGGUGAAGGUGGAGCUUGGGGUGGAGCUUGGGGUGAAGGUGGAGCUUGGGGUGGAGGUGGAGGUGGAGCUUGGGGUGGAGGUGGAGCUUGGGGUGAAGGUGGAGCUUGGGGCGGAGGUGGAGCUUGGGGUGGAGGUGGAGCUUGGGGUGAAGGUGCAGCUUGGGGUGAAGGCGGAGCUUGGGGUGAAGGUGGGGUUUGGGGUGGAGGUGGAGCUUGGGGUGAAGGUGGGGUUUGGGGCGAAGGUGGAGCUUGGGGUGGAGGUGGAGCUUGGGGUGAAGGUGGAGCUUGGGGUGGAGGUGGAGCUUGGGGUGGAGGUGGGGAUUGGGGUGGAGGUGGAGCUUGGG